UUCGGCGCAUACUUCUUCUUUCUCCAGUUUUAUUAUUCUGAAUCAUGAGUCCUCGGUCCCAAUCCUUUCGUGCAAUCUUUAGACUUUUGAACCAUAUCCUGAACAGGGGUCUCUAUGAUUCGAAAGGAUUGUUUUUCAAGUUGCCAAGAAGACCGGAGUUAUAAUUUUGGUGAUGAACAGAGGAGUAUACAUAUUUUCGUGCACGUCGGAUUCGUAAUCAACUUCGUCACCCUAAAAUGUCUUAUCAAGCAGAGGGCUGCUAUACAGUCUAUGCAUAUAGCAUUUUAUGCAUGAUAUGCAAUGAACGUCCCCACAAAGCUAUCACAAGCCUAAAAUAUAAGACUAGCAGGAAUAUAUAAGCUUUGGUCUGUCCUAAACACCGUUCUCAAUUCGUCUGGAAAACUGCUGAUCAUCUUAUAGAAUGAAAGUGACCAAGAAAAUACUGCAAACAGAGGGAAAUUACGUACGACCAUACAGAUCUCGUUCAGAGAGACCGUGUGACUUUUGCCGCACGCGGAAAACUUGCUGCAUUAUUGAAAACCUGAUCCCGUGCAUGGCUUGCACCAAAUUCAAUGAUGGUCAAUGUACUUUUUUGCAAAAGCCUUUGAAAAGAAACAGGGAAAAUACUAUUGCUAUCAGGAAACCCCCGAAACAAAUAAGAUCUAAGGCAGGCGAUAAUAUUGAUGUUCUACAGCAUACACCAUUAUUGAGAUUUACUUCCAGCCUACCUGCUGACUCUUCUACCGAUUCACAACUGGGUUUUGACGAAAUACAUGAACUUCUCUCUACAAAAUCACUGUUGUGGGAGAAAGCCGAAAGAUGUGCUCGAUCCAGUAGUACAGGAAACGCACACAGCUCGUUUUACAAUAUACUGCAAAAUCUGCUUGAUAUCCUUCCCCAACAUCCACCAGAUGCGUCUCUGGCUCCCAAUUCUUAUAAGCAUCUGCCAGGCAUUACCAAAGAGGACAUUUUCUGUGCUAUACAAGAGUCGAACGAUAUUGUCACACUACCCGAAACUCGCCUACACUACCAAAGCACACAGUCCCAACCAAGAGACUACAAAUAUUUAGAAAACCCGUCCUCAAAUAACCCCCAGCAUUGCAAUCCGCAUCAACUUGAGCAGUCUGAAUUUUCGAGUGAAACUCCAACUCUACUUGAUAAUAGUGUGUUCUCACUUCUGGCAUUAGGGUCGAAUUCGGGAUCCAGGGCCUGGAUUCCUCAAGCAUUUAAUCCCACAUACGCUUUAGUUGACUCCGGAAAUACAGAGUCUUAUGGUGCUCGAUGUUUUUCUGUGAAUCAGCUCCAGGAUCUCCUGGUCGCAGCGUCAUAUCCCACGCAAUUUCAUCAAGAAUAUUGCGAAAGGUUUACUGAUGGGGCGGGUGAUGUGAGUGGCAUCUCUACUCUGAACAGCUUCCACUAGCAAACGAAGGUCACAUGAUUAAGCUUCGAAGCAGAUUGGGCUCUAAAAAAAAAUCAUAUGCGCUGUAUGACUGAUUCCUGCUGUUACCUCGAAACCAAAUCCGCGCCAAUUGUUGCCAAGGGAAAUCCUUCUGUAGGAAGUGUAUAUACUCAUAAUGCAGGUGUCGUCAUUCUGGCACAGCAGGUAUAUCACUGCACUGGAAUAUACGAUUCAUG